UAGUAUCCUGGAGGACACGCCUCCUUUUAACUACGAACCUAUAAAUAUCAAGGCAUUUUUACUGAGAUUGAGAAGAACCCAGCAACAUGGGGAUCUCCACAGCCAUCCUUCAAAUAUGUCUUUUAUUGGGUCAAAUUCUAUCUACAGUUCCAGCAACAUCAGCAACGAGACACACCACAGAAAGUGCUUUCUGGGAGUUACUCAGCUCUGUUUCUGAGUCAGAUUCUCCCAGAACACAUGAUCAGGGGAAUUUCCAGACUAUAAAUGAUGUUAUAUUUGCCACGGAGGAACUCUCAACAGUGAACCCAAUAGAAGGGACCGAAUCGGGUUUGGCCCUGAGGCUGGUGAACGGAGGUGACAGGUGUCAGGGCCGGGUGGAGGUCCUGUACCGAGGCUCCUGGGGCACCGUGUGUGACGACAGCUGGGACACCAAUGAUGCCAACGUGGUCUGCAGGCAGCUGGGCUGUGGCUCGGCCAUUUCGGCCCCAGGAGGUGCCCGGUUCGGUCAGGGCUCAGGGCCCAUUGUCCUGGAUGACGUGGGCUGCUCAGGCUAUGAGACCUACCUGUGGAGCUGCUCCCACAGCCCCUGGAACACACACAAUUGUGGACACAGCGAGGAUGCCAGCGUCAUCUGCUCAGGUGCCCAGACCCAGUCCACGGUUGUGCCAGACUGGUGGUACCCCACAACUAAUUAUGGAACCGAAUCGGGUUUGGCCCUGAGGCUGGUGAAUGGAGAACACAGGUGUCAGGGCCGGGUGGAGGUCCUGUACCGAGGCUCCUGGGGCACCGUGUGUGACGACAGCUGGGACACCAAUGAUGCCAACGUGGUCUGCAGGCAGCUGGGCUGUGGCUCGGCCAUUUCGGCCCCAGGAGGUGCCCGGUUCGGUCAGGGCUCAGGGCCCAUUGUCCUGGACGACGUGGGCUGCUCAGGCUAUGAGACCUACCUGUGGAGCUGCUCCCACAGCCCCUGGAACACACACAAUUGUGGACACAGCGAGGAUGCCAGCGUCAUCUGCUCAGCUGCCCAGACCCAGUCCACGGUUGUGCCAGAUUGGUGGUAUCCGACAACUGCCUAUGGAACCGAAUCGGGUUUGGCCCUGAGGCUGGUGAACGGAGGUGACAGGUGUCAGGGCCGCGUGGAGGUCCUGUACCGAGGCUCCUGGGGCACCGUGUGUGACGACAGCUGGGACACCAAUGAUGCCAACGUGGUCUGCAGGCAGCUGGGCUGUGGCUCGGCCAUUUCGGCCCCAGGAGGUGCCCGGUUCGGUCAGGGCUCAGGGCCCAUUGUCCUGGACGACGUGGGCUGCUCAGGGCAUGAGACCUACCUGUGGAGCUGCUCCCACAGCCCCUGGAACACACACAACUGUGGACACAGUGAGGAUGCCAGCGUCAUCUGCUCAGCUGCCCAGACCCAUUCCACGGUUGUGCCAGAUUGGUGGUAUCCAACAACUGACUAUGGAACCGAAUCGGGUUUGGCCCUGAGGCUGGUGAAUGGAGAACACAGGUGUCAGGGCCGGGUGGAGGUCCUGUACCGAGGCUCCUGGGGCACCGUGUGUGACGACAGCUGGGACACCAAUGAUGCCAACGUGGUCUGCAGGCAGCUGGGCUGUGGCUCGGCCAUUUCGGCCCCAGGAGGUGCCCGGUUCGGUCAGGGCUCAGGGCCCAUUGUCCUGGACGACGUGGGGUGCUCAGGCUAUGAGACCUACCUGUGGAGCUGCUCCCACAGCCCCUGGAACACACACAACUGUGGACACAGCGAGGAUGCCAGCGUCAUCUGCUCAGCUGCCCAGACCCAGCCCACGGUUGUGCCAGCUACCGAGACCCAGACCACGGUUGUGCCAGGAACCGAAUCGGGUUUGGCCCUGAGGCUGGUGAACGGAGGUGACAGGUGUCAGGGCCGGGUGGAGGUCCUGUACCGAGGCUCCUGGGGCACCGUGUGUGACGACAGCUGGGACACCAAUGAUGCCAACGUGGUCUGCAGGCAGCUGGGCUGUGGCUCGGCCAUUUCGGCCCCAGGAGGUGCCCGGUUCGGUCAGGGCUCAGGGCCCAUUGUCCUGGACGACGUGGGCUGCUCAGGGCAUGAGACCUACCUGUGGAGCUGCUCCCACAGCCCCUGGAACACACACAACUGCGGACACAGCGAGGAUGCCAGCGUCAUCUGCUCAGAUUGGUGGUAUCCAACAACUGACUAUGGAACCGAAUCGGGUUUGGCCCUGAGGCUGGUGAAUGGAGAACACAGGUGUCAGGGCCGGGUGGAGGUCCUGUACCGAGGCUCCUGGGGCACCGUGUGUGACGACAGCUGGGACACCAAUGAUGCCAACGUGGUCUGCAGGCAGCUGGGCUGUGGCUCGGCCAUUUCGGCCCCAGGAGGUGCCCGGUUCGGUCAGGGCUCAGGGCCCAUUGUCCUGGACGACGUGGGCUGCUCAGGGCAUGAGACCUACCUGUGGAGCUGCUCCCACAGCCCCUGGAACACACACAACUGCGGACACAGCGAGGAUGCCAGCGUCAUCUGCUCAGCUGCCCAGACCCAUUCCACGGUUGUGCCAGAUUGGUGGUAUCCAACAACUGACUAUGGAACCGAAUCGGGUUUGGCCCUGAGGCUGGUGAAUGGAGAACACAGGUGUCAGGGCCGGGUGGAGGUCCUGUACCGAGGCUCCUGGGGCACCGUGUGUGACGACAGCUGGGACACCAAUGAUGCCAACGUGGUCUGCAGGCAGCUGGGCUGUGGCUCGGCCAUUUCGGCCCCAGGAGGUGCCCGGUUCGGUCAGGGCUCAGGGCCCAUUGUCCUGGACGACGUGGGCUGCUCAGGGCAUGAGACCUACCUGUGGAGCUGCUCCCACAGCCCCUGGAACACACACAACUGCGGACACAGCGAGGAUGCCAGCGUCAUCUGCUCAGCUGCCCAGACCCAGCCCACGGUUGUGCCAGCUACCGAGACCCAGACCACGGUUGUGCCAGGAACCGAAUCGGGUUUGGCCCUGAGGCUGGUGAACGGAGGUGACAGGUGUCAGGGCCGGGUGGAGGUCCUGUACCGAGGCUCCUGGGGCACCGUGUGUGACGACAGCUGGGACACCAAUGAUGCCAACGUGGUCUGCAGGCAGCUGGGCUGUGGCUCGGCCAUUUCGGCCCCAGGAGGUGCCCGGUUCGGUCAGGGCUCAGGGCCCAUUGUCCUGGAUGACGUGGGCUGCUCAGGCUAUGAGACCUACCUGUGGAGCUGCUCCCACAGCCCCUGGAACACACACAACUGCGGACACAGCGAGGAUGCCAGCGUCAUCUGCUCAGCUGCCCAGACCCAGCCCACGGUUGUGCCAGCUACCGAGACCCAGACCACGGUUGUGCCAGGAACCGAAUCGGGUUUGGCCCUGAGGCUGGUGAAUGGAGAACACAGGUGUCAGGGCCGGGUGGAGGUCCUGUACCGAGGCUCCUGGGGCACCGUGUGUGACGACAGCUGGGACACCAAUGAUGCCAACGUGGUCUGCAGGCAGCUGGGCUGUGGCUCGGCCAUUUCGGCCCCAGGAGGUGCCCGGUUCGGUCAGGGCUCAGGGCCCAUUGUCCUGGACGACGUGGGCUGCUCAGGGCAUGAGACCUACCUGUGGAGCUGCUCCCACAGCCCCUGGAACACACACAACUGCGGACACAGCGAGGAUGCCAGCGUCAUCUGCUCAGCUGCCCAGACCCAUUCCACGGUUGUGCCAGAUUGGUGGUAUCCAACAACUGACUAUGGAACCGAAUCGGGUUUGGCCCUGAGGCUGGUGAAUGGAGAACACAGGUGUCAGGGCCGGGUGGAGGUCCUGUACCGAGGCUCCUGGGGCACCGUGUGUGACGACAGCUGGGACACCAAUGAUGCCAACGUGGUCUGCAGGCAGCUGGGCUGUGGCUCGGCCAUUUCGGCCCCAGGAGGUGCCCGGUUCGGUCAGGGCUCAGGGCCCAUUGUCCUGGACGACGUGGGCUGCUCAGGGCAUGAGACCUACCUGUGGAGCUGCUCCCACAGCCCCUGGAACACACACAACUGCGGACACAGCGAGGAUGCCAGCGUCAUCUGCUCAGCUGCCCAGACCCAUUCCACGGUUGUGCCAGAUUGGUGGUAUCCAACAACUGACUAUGGAACCGAAUCGGGUUUGGCCCUGAGGCUGGUGAAUGGAGAACACAGGUGUCAGGGCCGGGUGGAGGUCCUGUACCGAGGCUCCUGGGGCACCGUGUGUGACGACAGCUGGGACACCAAUGAUGCCAACGUGGUCUGCAGGCAGCUGGGCUGUGGCUCGGCCAUUUCGGCCCCAGGAGGUGCCCGGUUCGGUCAGGGCUCAGGGCCCAUUGUCCUGGACGACGUGGGGUGCUCAGGCUAUGAGACCUACCUGUGGAGCUGCUCCCACAGCCCCUGGAACACACACAACUGUGGACACAGCGAGGAUGCCAGCGUCAUCUGCUCAGCUGCCCAGACCCAGCCCACGGUUGUGCCAGCUACCGAGACCCAGACCACGGUUGUGCCAGGAACCGAAUCGGGUUUGGCCCUGAGGCUGGUGAACGGAGGUGACAGGUGUCAGGGCCGGGUGGAGGUCCUGUACCGAGGCUCCUGGGGCACCGUGUGUGACGACAGCUGGGACACCAAUGAUGCCAACGUGGUCUGCAGGCAGCUGGGCUGUGGCUCGGCCAUUUCGGCCCCAGGAGGUGCCCGGUUUGGUCAGGGCUCAGGGCCCAUUGUCCUGGAUGAGGUGGGGUGCUCAGGGCAUGAGACCUACCUGUGGAGCUGCUCCCACAGCCCCUGGAACACACACAACUGUGGACACAGCGAGGAUGCCAGCGUCAUCUGCUCAGCUGCCCAGACCCAGUCCACGGUUGUGCCAGAUUGGUGGUAUCCGACAACUGCCUAUGGAACCGAAUCGGGUUUGGCCCUGAGGCUGGUGAACGGAGGUGACAGGUGUCAGGGCCGCGUGGAGGUCCUGUACCGAGGCUCCUGGGGCACCGUGUGUGACGACAGCUGGGACACCAAUGAUGCCAACGUGGUCUGCAGGCAGCUGGGCUGUGGCUCGGCCAUUUCGGCCCCAGGAGGUGCCCGGUUCGGUCAGGGCUCAGGGCCCAUUGUCCUGGACGACGUGGGGUGCUCAGGGCAUGAGACCUACCUGUGGAGCUGCUCCCACAGCCCCUGGAACACACACAACUGUGGACACAGUGAGGAUGCCAGCGUCAUCUGCUCAGCUGCCCAGACCCAUUCCACGGUUGUGCCAGAUUGGUGGUAUCCAACAACUGACUAUGGAACCGAAUCGGGUUUGGCCCUGAGGCUGGUGAAUGGAGAACACAGGUGUCAGGGCCGCGUGGAGGUCCUGUACCGAGGCUCCUGGGGCACCGUGUGUGACGACAGCUGGGACACCAAUGAUGCCAACGUGGUCUGCAGGCAGCUGGGCUGUGGCUCGGCCAUUUCGGCCCCAGGAGCUGCCCGGUUCGGUCAGGGCUCAGGGCCCAUUGUCCUGGACGACGUGGGGUGCUCAGGGCAUGAGACCUACCUGUGGAGCUGCUCCCACAGCCCCUGGAACACACACAACUGUGGACACAGCGAGGAUGCCAGCGUCAUCUGCUCAGCUGCCCAGACCCAGCCCACGGUUGUGCCAGCUACCGAGACCCAGACCACGGUUGUGCCAGGAACCGAAUCGGGUUUGGCCCUGAGGCUGGUGAAUGGAGAACACAGGUGUCAGGGCCGGGUGGAGGUCCUGUACCGAGGCUCCUGGGGCACCGUGUGUGACGACAGCUGGGACACCAAUGAUGCCAACGUGGUCUGCAGGCAGCUGGGCUGUGGCUCGGCCAUUUCGGCCCCAGGAAAUGCCCGGUUCGGUCAGGGCUCAGGGCCCAUUGUCCUGGAUGAGGUGGGGUGCUCAGGGCAUGAGACCUACCUGUGGAGCUGCUCCCACAGCCCCUGGAACACACACAACUGCGGACACAGCGAGGAUGCCAGCGUCAUCUGCUCAGCUGCCCAGACCCAUUCCACGGUUGUGCCAGAUUGGUGGUAUCCAACAACUGACUAUGGAACCGAAUCGGGUUUGGCCCUGAGGCUGGUGAAUGGAGAACACAGGUGUCAGGGCCGGGUGGAGGUCCUGUACCGAGGCUCCUGGGGCACCGUGUGUGACGACAGCUGGGACACCAAUGAUGCCAACGUGGUCUGCAGGCAGCUGGGCUGUGGCUCGGCCAUUUCGGCCCCAGGAGGUGCCCGGUUCGGUCAGGGCUCAGGGCCCAUUGUCCUGGACGACGUGGGCUGCUCAGGGCAUGAGACCUACCUGUGGAGCUGCUCCCACAGCCCCUGGAACACACACAACUGCGGACACAGCGAGGAUGCCAGCGUCAUCUGCUCAGCUGCCCAGACCCAUUCCACGGUUGUGCCAGAUUGGUGGUAUCCAACAACUGACUAUGGAACCGAAUCGGGUUUGGCCCUGAGGCUGGUGAAUGGAGAACACAGGUGUCAGGGCCGGGUGGAGGUCCUGUACCGAGGCUCCUGGGGCACCGUGUGUGACGACAGCUGGGACACCAAUGAUGCCAACGUGGUCUGCAGGCAGCUGGGCUGUGGCUCGGCCAUUUCGGCCCCAGGAGGUGCCCGGUUCGGUCAGGGCUCAGGGCCCAUUGUCCUGGACGACGUGGGCUGCUCAGGGCAUGAGACCUACCUGUGGAGCUGCUCCCACAGCCCCUGGAACACACACAACUGCGGACACAGCGAGGAUGCCAGCGUCAUCUGCUCAGCUGCCCAGACCCAGCCCACGGUUGUGCCAGCUACCGAGACCCAGACCACGGUUGUGCCAGGAACCGAAUCGGGUUUGGCCCUGAGGCUGGUGAACGGAGGUGACAGGUGUCAGGGCCGGGUGGAGGUCCUGUACCGAGGCUCCUGGGGCACCGUGUGUGACGACAGCUGGGACACCAAUGAUGCCAACGUGGUCUGCAGGCAGCUGGGCUGUGGCUCGGCCAUUUCGGCCCCAGGAGGUGCCCGGUUCGGUCAGGGCUCAGGGCCCAUUGUCCUGGACGACGUGGGCUGCUCAGGGCAUGAGACCUACCUGUGGAGCUGCUCCCACAGCCCCUGGAACACACACAACUGCGGACACAGCGAGGAUGCCAGCGUCAUCUGCUCAGCUGCCCAGACCCAUUCCACGGUUGUGCCAGAUUGGUGGUAUCCAACAACUGACUAUGGAACCGAAUCGGGUUUGGCCCUGAGGCUGGUGAAUGGAGAACACAGGUGUCAGGGCCGGGUGGAGGUCCUGUACCGAGGCUCCUGGGGCACCGUGUGUGACGACAGCUGGGACACCAAUGAUGCCAACGUGGUCUGCAGGCAGCUGGGCUGUGGCUCGGCCAUUUCGGCCCCAGGAGGUGCCCGGUUCGGUCAGGGCUCAGGGCCCAUUGUCCUGGACGACGUGGGCUGCUCAGGGCAUGAGACCUACCUGUGGAGCUGCUCCCACAGCCCCUGGAACACACACAACUGCGGACACAGCGAGGAUGCCAGCGUCAUCUGCUCAGCUGCCCAGACCCAUUCCACGGUUGUGCCAGAUUGGUGGUAUCCAACAACUGACUAUGGAACCGAAUCGGGUUUGGCCCUGAGGCUGGUGAACGGAGGUGACAGGUGUCAGGGCCGCGUGGAGGUCCUGUACCGAGGCUCCUGGGGCACCGUGUGUGACGACAGCUGGGACACCAAUGAUGCCAACGUGGUCUGCAGGCAGCUGGGCUGUGGCUCGGCCAUUUCGGCCCCAGGAGGUGCCCGGUUCGGUCAGGGCUCAGGGCCCAUUGUCCUGGACGACGUGGGGUGCUCAGGCUAUGAGACCUACCUGUGGAGCUGCUCCCACAGCCCCUGGAACACACACAACUGUGGACACAGCGAGGAUGCCAGCGUCAUCUGCUCAGCUGCCCAGACCCAGCCCACGGUUGUGCCAGCUACCGAGACCCAGACCACGGUUGUGCCAGGAACCGAAUCGGGUUUGGCCCUGAGGCUGGUGAACGGAGGUGACAGGUGUCAGGGCCGGGUGGAGGUCCUGUACCGAGGCUCCUGGGGCACCGUGUGUGACGACAGCUGGGACACCAAUGAUGCCAACGUGGUCUGCAGGCAGCUGGGCUGUGGCUCGGCCAUUUCGGCCCCAGGAGGUGCCCGGUUCGGUCAGGGCUCAGGGCCCAUUGUCCUGGACGACGUGGGCUGCUCAGGGCAUGAGACCUACCUGUGGAGCUGCUCCCACAGCCCCUGGAACACACACAACUGUGGACACAGUGAGGAUGCCAGCGUCAUCUGCUCAGUUGCACAGAUCAACUCCUCAACUCCAGGUUGGCAGCCACCACAAACCACAACCACUCAGACACCAGGAAUCAACUUCUCCACUCCAGGUUCCUUUUCAAGUUGUGGUGGCUUCUUAUCCAGUGCCAGUGGGAACUUUUCCAGCCCAUCCUACCCAGGACACUACCCCAACAACGCCGACUGUGUCUGGGAAAUACAAGUGAACCCCGGCUACCUCAUAAACCUGGGCUUCGACACUCUGCAGUUGGAGACACACAGUAGCUGCAGUUAUGACUAUGUUGAAAUCCUUAAUGGACCGCUGAGUAGCAACGCCUCAGCGAGGAGAAUCUGUCAUUACACCAGGGAAAUAUUCACUUCUUAUUCCAACCGAUUGACUGUCCGAUUUCGGAGUGACGGCAGUGUCCGAAAAACUGGUUUUUCUGCUUGGUAUAACUCCUUUCCAAGAGAUGUCAGCUUGAGAUUGGUGAACUGGAACUCCUCCCAUCCCACAUGUGCUGGGCGUGUGGAAAUCUACCAUGGUGGCCAGUGGGGAACAGUGUGCGAUGACAACUGGGACAUUCAAGAUGCCCAGGUGGUGUGCAGGCAGCUGGGCUGUGGAUAUGCAGUCUCAGCCCCAGGAAAUGCCUACUUUGGCUCUGGCUCUGGUCCCAUCACCUUGGAUGACGUGGUGUGCUCAGGGGCGGAGUCCAGUCUCUGGCAGUGCCGGAACCGAGGCUGGUUCUACCACAAUUGUGGCCACCGUGAAGAUGCUGGAGUCAUUUGCUCAGAUGUACCGAUCAACUCCUCCACUCCAGAUUGGCUGUCCCCAACAACUACACCCACUCAGACACCAGGAAUCAACUUCUCCACUCCAGGUUGGCAGCCACCACAAACCACAACCACUCAGACACCAGGAAUCAACUUCUCCACUCCAGGUUCCUUUUCAAGUUGUGGUGGCUUCUUAUCCAGUGCCAGUGGGAACUUUUCCAGCCCAUCCUACCCAGGACACUACCCCAACAACGCCGACUGUGUCUGGGAAAUACAAGUGAACCCCGGCUACCUCAUAAACCUGGGCUUCGACACUCUGCAGUUGGAGACACACAGUAGCUGCAGUUAUGACUAUGUUGAAAUCCUUAAUGGACCGCUGAGUAGCAACGCCUCAGCGAGGAGAAUCUGUCAUUACACCAGGGAAAUAUUCACUUCUUAUUCCAACCGAUUGACUGUCCGAUUUCGGAGUGACGGCAGUGUCCAAAAAACUGGUUUUUCUGCUUGGUAUAACUCCUUUCCAAGAGAUGUCAGCUUGAGAUUGGUGAACUGGAACUCCUCCCAUCCCACAUGUGCUGGGCGUGUGGAAAUCUACCAUGGUGGCCAGUGGGGAACAGUGUGCGAUGACAACUGGGACAUUCAAGAUGCCCAGGUGGUGUGCAGGCAGCUGGGCUGUGGAUAUGCAGUCUCAGCCCCAGGAAAUGCCUACUUUGGCUCUGGCUCUGGUCCCAUCACCUUGGAUGACGUGGUGUGCUCAGGGGCGGAGUCCAAUCUCUGGCAGUGCCGGAACCGAGGCUGGUUCUACCACAAUUGUGGCCACCAUGAAGAUGCUGGAGUCAUUUGCUCAGAUGUACUGAUCAACUCCUCCACUCCAGAUUGGCUGUCCCCAACGACUACACCCACUCAGAAUCCUGUUUACAACGUCACCGGCCCAGCCGCCUGCGGAGGUUUCCUGACCCAGUUUUCAGGGAACUUUUCCAGCCCAUUCUACCCUAGGAACUAUCCGAACAAUGCCAAGUGUGUGUGGGACAUUGAAGUUCAAAACAACUACCGAGUGACUGUGGCCUUCAGAGAUGUCCAGCUGGAAGGCGGCUGUAACUAUGAUUACAUCGAAGUGUACGACGGCCCCCACCACAGUUCCCCGCUGCUCGCCCGGGUUUGUGAUGGGGCAAGGGGCUCCUUUACCUCAUCGUCCAACUUCAUUUCCAUCCGCUUCAUCAGCGACAUCUCCAUCACCAAGAGAGGGUUCUCAGCCGAAUACUUCUCCAUUCUUUCCAAUGGAAACACGAAGCUGCUUUGCCUGCAAAAUCACAUGGAAGCCAGAGUGAGGACGAGCUACCUCCAAUCCCUGGGCUACUCUGUCAGGGACCUUGCUAUUCCCGGCUCGGACACAAGCUACCAGUGUCAGCCCCAGAUUACCUCGAGCCUGGUGACGUUCGUGAUCCCCUACUCCAGCUGCGGCACCACCCAGCAGGUGGAUAACGACACCAUUACCUACUCCAACUUCCUCAAAGCGACUGCUUCAAGAAGCAUUAUCAAUAGGAAGAGGGACCUCCAAAUUCACGUCAGCUGCAAGAUGCUCCAGAACACCUGGGUUAACACGAUAUAUGUUACUAACGACACCAUCGAGGUUGAGAACAUACAAUACGGCAAUUUUGACGUGAACAUUUCCUUUUAUACAUCCUCUUCAUUCCUGUAUCCGGUGACCAGCAACCCAUACUAUGUGGACCUAAACCAGAAUUUGUACCUUCAGGCUGAAAUCCUCCGUUCUAACCCCUCCCUAGCCUUAUUUGUGGACACCUGUGUGGCAUCACCGAAUUCUGAUGACUUUACAUCUUUGACCUACGAUCUCAUCCGGAGCGGGUGUGUGAAGGAUGAGACCUACCAAUCCUACCACCAGCCCUCGUCCAACAUCGUCCGCUUCAAGUUCAGUUCCUUCCACUUCCUGAACCGCUUCCCCUCCGUGUACCUGAAGUGCAAGAUGGUCGUGUGCCGGGUGUAUGACCCCUUCUCCCGCUGCAACAGAGGCUGCAUCAUGAGGGCCAAGAGGGACCUGAGCUCCUACCAGGAGAAGGUGGAUGUCGUCCUGGGACCCAUCCAGCUGCAGGCCUCACCCCAGAAGAGGAAUCUCGACCGGCAGGUGGUGGACAUAGAGGAGGAGACCAGCACCCACGGGAACUACCACACCGCCCCCAUUUUUGCCGGGGUCCUCGCGGUCAUGGUCGUGGCCGUGGCAGCCUUCACACUGGGGCGGAGAGUGCGGGCGGCCCGUGCCCAGCCUCCAAGCACUAAGAUGUGAAGCAGGAGGAUGUGGUGCUCAGACCCAAGUCCCUGUGCUCUGGAGCCACGUGAGGAGGGAAGAAACCAGCAUCCAGAGCUUGGUACCCAGAGCACACAACUGUGUUAAACUCUGGCCGGGUGCAUGGUGGGGGUGGACGGAGGAGGGGGGUGAGAAAGAUGAGAGCAGUUUCCCCCAAAACACAGGCUUGGCGCAGGGACAAAAUGUCAGGCAAGCAGGUCAGGCACCUAAAAAUCCCACCUGCAGCAGGGAUCUUACACACUAGGAGCACUCGUUGCAGAUAGAAUUUCUUUUCUGACUUUUUAGGAACCAGAUUCUUUGGCCUGUGGUGUAUAUAUCUUAGCCUUUCCUUGUUAUAGAGCAAGCUGAAUAAAGAACUUUUUUCAAAGCAA